CUUCUUCAUCAUCCUCCUCCAGCCUUCAGCUCAUCGCAUCCUUUUUUCAGCAGCAUCGACAUAAUGAGGCUUUCUCCAGCGGAGGGUGUAUAACCAAAAAUAUGUGGAUUCCUACAGAGGAGGAGAAAAUCGGAGUUGUGAUCUGCAACUUCCGGUCGUCAAUAUGUCAGGCCCUGGUCCUGGAGAUCGGGGAGACUGUACAGAUUCUGGAGAAGAGCGAAGGUUGGUACCGAGGCUUUUCCUCAAAGAAGCCUUCUAUUAAGGGUAUUUUCCCGGUCAGCUAUGUCCACGUGAAGAAAUCCACAGUGACCAACAGAGGGUUGUGUGAGACAGUGGUGCCCCUGGAGGACCCUAUUAUCACAGAGACCACCUCCACUCUGCAGGAAUGGGGCGUUCUCUGGAAGCAGCUCUAUGUGAAACACAAGGUGGAUCUGUUCCACAAGCUCCGCCACGUGAUGAACGAACUCAUCGACCUGCGUCGGCAGCUUAUCCAGGGUCACCUCGCACAGGACCAGACGCGAGAGAUCAAGCGGCACAUCACCGUACGGCUUGACUGGGGCAACGAGCACCUUGGUUUAGACCUUGUUCCCAGGAAAGAGUUUGAAAUGGUGGAUCCAGAACAGAUCAGUGUAUCGGAGCUAUACAAACUGCACGUAUCCAGCAGACACUGUGGUCAGCAAAGCACAAAUCAGAGCGACAGCAUGAGACAGCGCCAUGGCGACGGUUGCCGUGUCCCUGUGUUGCACCACCUCUUCAUUAAUCUGAAGAGCUUUACUUACAACAGCAUCAGCGAGGAUGCAGACGUUUUCUUCUCUCUGUAUGACUCUCGCGAGGCCAAACAGAUCAGCGAGAAGUUCAUGGUGAAACUGAACAAAAAUGGAGGACCAAAGAAUCCAGAGAAGGUCGAUCGUCUGUGUGCUCUCUUCACGGACCUGAGCAGUAAAGACUUGAAGAGAGAACUCUACAUUGUUGCACAUGUCAUAAGGACCGGUCGUAUGCUGCUGAACGAUUCAAAGAAAGGCCCCCCUCAUGUGCAGUACAGACGACCCUAUGGCUGCGCUGUUUUGGCCAUGAGCGAUGUUUUCCACACUAUCACGGACCUCAAAGAAGAGAAGGACUUUGUCCUCAAAGUUUAUACGUGUAACAAUGAGAAUGAGUGGUACCAAAUACAUGAGAACAUCAUCCGCAAGUCCAACACCAAGUACUCAGCUCCCAGCACCAACUAUGGCCUCAUCAUUUCCCUGCAGCUGCUGCGUGGCGAGCUCGACCAGAUCAGACGGGAGAACCAGGCCGUGUUCAACAGAGCCCUGGCACUCACACGCAAACUGGGUUUCCCUGAUGUCAUCCUGCCAGGUGACACACGCAAUGACCUCUACCUGACCCUUGAGCGAGGGGAGUUUGAAAGGGGAGGCAAAAGCGUCCAGAAGAACAUUGAAGUCACGCUCUACGUGCUGUAUGCUGACGGGGACACUCUCAAAGACUGCAUCAGUUUGGGCAGUGGGGAGCCCAGCUCCAGUGAAUAUCGCUCUUUUGUCCUCUACCACAACAACAGCCCUCGCUGGAGUGAGAUGGUGAAGCUGCCCAUUCCCAUAGAUCGUUUCCGAGGGUCCCACCUACGCUUCGAGUUCAGACACUGCUCCACUAAGGACAAAGGGGAGAAAAAACUGUUUGGCUUUGCCUUUACACCUCUGAUGAGAGAGGAUGGGACCACACUGUCAGAUGAGAGCCAUGAGCUGUAUGUGUACAAGUGUGAUGAAAAUGCCACUUUCAGUAACCAGGGACUUUACCUGAGUCUGCCCUGUUGUAAAGAGGACUUCAACAGCUGUCCCAACCUGCCAGCCAACCUACCCUUCCAGAGGAGCCCCAAAGAGGUCUUCUGGGUCUCCACCAUACUGUGCUCCACCAAACUCACACAGAAUGUCGACCUUCUGGCUCUCCUGAACUGGAAGGCUCAUCCCGACAGGGUGUUGGAUAUCCUUGGUCGACUGCGUCAAAUCAGCGGAGAGGAGAUUGUCAAGUUCUUGCGAGAUGUCCUGGAUACACUCUUCUGUCUUUUAGAUGACAACACAGAUAAAUACGGCCCACUGGUUUUUCAGUCACUGGUGUUCAUCAUUAACCUACUCAGGGACAGCCGUUUCUACCACUUCAGACCUGUCAUGGACGCUUACAUCCAAAACCACUUUGCUGGAGCUUUGGCAUACAAAGAGCUGAUUCGAUGUCUGAAAUGGUACAUGGACCGCUCGGCCGAGGUCAUCCGACAGGACCACAUCCAGGAGGCCAUGAGGGCUCUGGAGUACCUGUUCAAAUUCAUCGUCCAAUCUCGUAUUCUGUACUCGAGAGCCACCUGUGGGAUGGAGGAGGAGCAGUUCAGAGCGAGCAUACAGGAGCUCUUCCAGUCCAUACGCUUCGUCCUCAGCCUGGACAGCCGCAGCUCAGAGAAUCUGGUGUUCACACAGGCUGCGUUGUUGAACAGUUUCCCCGACAUCUUUGACGAGCUGCUGCAGAUGUUCACCGUUCAGGAAGUAGCGGAAUAUGUCAGGGGGACACUGGGGAGCAUGCCCAGUACAGUGGACAUUGGACAGUCCAUGGAUGUCGUCAAACUGCAGUCCAUCGCUCGCACAGUCGAGAGCCGCCUCUUCUUCUUCCCCGAGUCGCGUAGUAUUUUGCUGCCGGUGGUUCUGCAUCAUAUCCACCUGCAUCUGCGCCAGCAGAGGGAGCUGCUCAUCUGUUCUGGGAUCCUCAGCAGCAUCUUUUCUAUUAUCAAGACAAGCUCAGUGGAAUCUUCAGUUCAGGAGGAGGUGGAGAUGAUGGUGGAGAGUCUUCUGGACGUGUUGCUGCAGACGCUGCUGUCCAUCAUGAGCAAGUCUCAUUCUGUGGAAACGUCCAGAGGACAGCGCUGUCCCCAGUGCACUGCCGAGAUAACAGGAGAGUAUGUUUCCUGUCUCCUCUCUCUCCUCCAACAAAUGACAGAGAUCCACUUUCACCAUUUACUGAACAACUUCCACAGCAAAGAGGAGCUGAAGGAGUUCCUACUGAAGAUCUUCUGUGUGUUUCGCAAUCUAAUGAAACUGACUAUCUUCCCCCGAGACUGGAGUGUCAUGAGGCUUCUAACUAGUCACACCAUCGUAGUGACAACACAGUUCCUGUCUCCGGCGCUGCACAAGAACUUCUCAGAGGCCGAUUUUGAUUUCAAGGUGUGGAACUCCUUUUUCAGUCUCACUGUUCUAUACAUCAACCAGCCCAGUCUGCAGCUGGAGGCACUCGGUCCUGCUAAGAGAAAGAAAGUCCUUGACAAACAUGGAGACAUGAGAGUGAUGAUGGCAUAUGAGCUCUUCAGCAUGUGGCAAAAAUUAGGUGACAACAAGCCCCACUUCAUCCCAGGAAUGAUGGGACCCUUCCUGGGAGUCACUCUCGUCCCUCAAACCGAGGUCCGAAACAUCAUGAUCCCGAUUUUCCACGACAUGAUGGACUGGGAGCAGAGGAAAAAUGGCAACUUCAAACAGGUGGAAGCGGAGCUGAUGGACAAGCUGGACAGCAUGGUAUCAGAUGGGAAAGGCGAUGAUAAUCACAGAGAGCUCUUCAGCCUUUUAACACAGCUGUUUGGUCCUUACCCAAGCCUUCUGGAGAAAAUAGAGCAGGAGACCUGGAGAGAGACGGGGAUCUCGUUUGUCACAUCAGUCACAAGACUUGUUGAGCGGUUACUGGAUUACAGGGACUGCAUGAAAGGAGAUGAGAUGGAGAACAAGAAAAUCGGUGGUUCCGUCAACCUCAUGAAUUUCUACAAGUCAGAAGUUAAUAAGGAGGACAUGUACAUCCGUUACAUCCAUAAGCUGUGUGACUUGCAUCUACAAGCAGAGGACUUUACAGAGGCAGCGUUCACCCUGCUGUUGUACUGGGAGCUGCUGCAGUGGGAGGACCGACCCCUAAGGGAUUUCCUCCAUUAUCCCUGUCAGAGUGAGUGGCAACGCAAGGAGAACCUGAGUCGUAAAAUCCUCCACUACUUCAACAAGGGGAAGUGCUGGGAAUAUGGAAUCUCCCUGUGCCGGGAGCUGGCGUUCCAGUAUGAGACGUUAUAUGAUUAUCAGAGCCUCAGCUGGAUACGGAAAAUGGAGGCAGCGUAUUACGACAACAUCAUUGAACAGCAGAGGAUUGAGCCAGAGUUUUUCCGAAUGGGCUUCUAUGGCAGGAAGUUUCCUUUCUUCCUCAGGAAUAAGGAGUUUGUCUGUCGUGGUUAUGACUAUGAACGGCUCGAGGACUUCCAGCAAAGGAUGCUGGGAGAAUUCCCACAGGCCAUUGCCAUGCAGCAUCCCAACCAACCUGAUGACACCAUCCUGCAGAGUGAUGCCCAGUAUUUGCAGAUCUAUGCGGUGACUCCGGUGUCAGACAUUUCUGAUGCGCCUCAGCUGGAGCGUGUGCCAGAGAGGAUCAAGAGCUUCUACCGCAUAAACAACGUCAGCCGUUUCCACUAUGACAGGCCUUUCCACAAGGGGCCCAAAGACCGGGAGAAUGAGUUCAGGAGUCUUUGGAUUGAGAGAACAACCCUGAUUCUCUCCCGUCCUCUGCCUGGGAUUUCCCGCUGGGCAGAGGUGGAAAGGAGAGAAGUGGUGGAGGUGAGCCCUCUGGAGAAUGCCAUUUAUGUGGUGGAGAAUAAGACGCAGGAACUGCGGACUCUUAUCAGCCAGUACCAACACAGACAGCAUCAUGGCAACAUCAACCCACUAAGCAUGUGCCUCAAUGGAGUCAUAGACGCUGCUGUGAAUGGAGGCAUUGCCAGAUAUCAGGAGGCCUUCUUUGAUAAAGACUACAUCAGCAGUCACCCUGAAGAUACUGAGAGGAUCACACAUCUGAAGGAUUUGAUGCAGGAACAGGUGCACAUUCUUGGAGUGGGGUUGGCUGUUCAUGAGAAGCUGGUGCAUCCAGAGAUGCGCCCCCUGCACAAAAAGCUUGUAGACCAGUUCCACAUGAUGAGGACAGGUUUACACCACUAUAUGGUUGGGUCUCAGCAGGGUGUGCCCAGUGUGGAUCGAUUUGGCCCCGCGGGCUGCUCGGGGGUCAACUCUUCUAGAGGCAUCCUCUCCUCUCACAGCCACAUGAGCCCCGAGAGCAUGCGCCUCAUACACAGACACAGCCCUCUGAACCUCCAGGGUUCCAUCCGUCACUCGUCCUCCUCCCUGUCGUCUCACACUUCCAGUGAGGCAGGAAACCUGGUCAUAAUGACUGACGGCCUGAUGGGGGAGCAUCCUGAGGAGGCUUUACACAUGCAGCCGAGCCCCUCUUCCUCCAGCCUGAGCUCAAUCCGCUCCAACUCUUCACAGAUUAUUAACUCUGCUCCCUCGAGUGCCAGAGGCUCACCGUCUUUGCCUGAUAAGGCCAAACACAACCGGGAAGUGAUGAUACUGCUGCCGUCUCACCGCGAGAGAGCCAACAACUCCAUGUACUACAACAUGGCAGAGAACGGACAGAACAACCACAUGCAGCGUGCCUUACUCCAGCAAGUUAGCCCCUGUAAGCCGUGUGUCGAUCCUCACAUGAAUCUGCCAGAGAAAGUUUUCCCCAAUGCUCCCAGCAGCUGGAGUCUGGACAGUGAGAACAGGGAGCAGGUGUCUUACAUGCCAGCUUCCACUGGAGGAGGAAUCAUGCCCCCGGUUCCACCCAGGUCCUUCCCACCAGGACACUUCCUGAUGCACUGUGAUGCAUUUCACCACCAGAACAGUGACCCUCCUCCUCCUGCGCUUCCUGUUCGUUCUCUGAGAAAGUCUCCUCUCCACCCGAUCCCUGGCUCCCCCACCAGUCCUCAGUCAGCUCUAGGGGGCAGUAACUCCACUCUGUCGGGCAGCGCCAGCAGCGGCGUUUCCUCCCUGAGUGAGAGUAACUAUGGUGGUCAGUAUCCAGAGCCUGGUCCCAUCAGAAACGAUGCCCUGGAGCCUCUACCCAGUCACCUGUGGUCUCCUCCUGACGAGUACCUGGCCUCUCCCUACCUGCACAUCCACUAUGGUGGAACUGAUAUUGAUGCCGUGGACCCGGUCCGCCCCUUCCAUUACCGCAGCCCCGCCUCGCACCCGCACACCCACCCACACCCGCAUGCUCAUGCCCACCCCGGGCUGGACAGUCACUCCCACGGGCCCCCGCCGCACCACCACGCUCCCACUCACGGCCCUCACCACAUCCCCUACCGCCGGCCUCAGCCUCCAGCCGUGCCGCCGAAACCCUACCUGAGAGAGGGCUGCAUCCCCGAGGAGGAGCUGGCACCUCAGCCCAUCCCACUGCCCCGCAGGAUCUUCCACUCCCCCCACGGCCACAGAGACGAGCAGGGGAAACACGCCUGGGAGCAGUGCAUCAGUGAGGAGCACGAGGAGGCACAGUGAUGAGGAGGCUGCACUCACACUUCAGUUAGAGCUUUUCUCUCCUCCUUGUCUUUUUCACUUCAUUUGCACCUGAGUUAAAGGAGCAGAGACAGAAAAGAGUCUCUUGUUAACUCUUCUUUUUUUUGUUUUUAAUUCCAGUGCAUAUGAAGGAAAGAAACACAGGAGUGAACCUUGGUGAGUGUUUGCUUUGAGGUGCGACUGCCCAUCACUGUAGCCUCUAAGAUGUUAUUAGAAGAGAACGAUCUGUCGAACACUGAGACAGGUUCACUUUGUUCAAAAAUUGAUUUUGUUUGUACACAACUGUACAACUUGUUUGUGAGCAUGUUUUUUGUUUUGUUUUUUUAAUUUGAGAAUAAUGCGACGACAGUUUUGUGAAACAUGACGACCGCGAUCAUUUUACCGACAUGAUCCCAGGUGCAGUACAAGCUCUGAACUCCCUCAAUUUUGCUUCUCAUGUCAUUUUCACAACACAAGGAAGCGACAGAAGGUUGUUAUUCACAGUGAAGUGACUUCUCUGCUUGAAACGCUUCAUAUAUACAAAUUCUUAUUUUGAUAAAUUUGCUACAUUAUAGUGUUUUCAAAGGCUUAAGUCCAUUAUGUUUUUCAAAACACUGUUAAGUGCUCCUUAAUAGUGAAUCAUAUCAAAUGGCGCACUGUAAUCCAUGUUGCUGCUGCUGCUGCUGUGGCAGGUCUCGACGGUCGGACUUGCAGAUCUCCUGGACCGGCAUCUCAAGGGAAAAUGAAACGUCAGCUGACCACAGACUUGACGAUUCCCCCUCCGUACCGUGCGUAUGGAAACCUACGUGAAUGUAUUCAGACGAGAUGCUCUGUUUGUAUUGCACAAGCUGCAAAUCUGUUUUUUUUUUUUGUUCAAGUGCUUUAAGUUGAAGUCUCUGUUGAAGACGUCUGUGUUUCUCUCUGUUUGUGUGACAAAGAUAUCUUGAGAAGGAAGAACGCAGAUUGCUGGACAGUGACAGGCAGAACUCUACGCCUGUCGUGUUUCAUGUUGAACAGACGAGGACUUUCCACUUCACACCUCACAACCACCUGCUGGACGCUGAACACAGUACCAUUCUCUCUCUCUCUCUCACUCUCUAUCUCCCCUCCUUUCAUUUUUUUCUUUUCACUAAAUAAUGGUGGUUGGACCAUGUUAAGCAGUGAGGGCAGAGCGUGGACAGCUGCACUGGAGUCUGAUGACACUGUCCUGACCUUCGGCUGCUGAGUGGCUGGUCGAGGUUGACCACUCAGAGUCGGAACUGCCUCCCGGCCUUAAGUGCACUCAAUGCAGUUUGACCCUCAUCCAGACUGUGAGAAGCUCAUUUACCAACAACCGUUCUCCGUUUCACUCUGUUCACUCUAUGCUUCCUGGAGGUGGGGGAGGGGGGAAGGGGGAAGAUAUCUACCUACAACAGUGAUGUUUUUGUAUGGUUUCAUCCCGCUCUUGGUUUCAGAUUGUUGUUUGGUUCAUAGCGCUAAUGUUUCCUAUUCUGCCUGCGGCUCUUUCUCAAUCACUUUCCGUUCGUGUGAAAACCGAUGAUGUGUUUUAGGAGAACACUGAAGCCCUGAUUCGGAGGAGAGGUUAUCUGGGUUUUUUUUUGCGGAGCAGAAGAACAGCACUGUUUACUGAGACAUAGUGGGGUGGAAGGAUAAAGCUAAUAUUUUAACAAAUACCUGUUUUUCCUGGUUGUUUUCUUCUUGUUUUUUUUUCCAGGUGGAUGCUUUGUGUUAUUGUACAUCAGGUUGUCAGCUGACUAGACAACAUCUAUUUUUGUAUGUGAGAUCAUCAGUCGUGUGAACAUAUUUCAGAAGCCGUACCCAGGUACCACAUAUAGGCUGCUGUCCUUUGUAUGGAGAUGAACCUGAAGUUAGAUAUAUAUAGAUAUAUAUAUACAGUAUGUGAGUAUCUCCUGAGAGCUCGAUGGCUUGGAGGAUAACUGGUGACUGAAGUGAUGCUCAAAAUAUACGUACAAUAGAAUUUUUCAAUGUAAAUUCUGUCAUUGUACAUACAGCAGUAUUGUGAAAUAUUUUUGAGAAUUAUUGCAGACACCCUCAAAAAAAUCAUUGUUUUGUGUAUAUACAUGUACUCCAGAGAUCAAUGUAAUUGAUAAAUAUCUAUAAUCAGUGUUUGAAAAAUGGACAAAUUCCAUUCGACUGUGGCCGUCUCCACCGUUCUUGACUUUGAGUCUUCUCAUAUAAAUACUUUAUACACUUUUCAAUGUGCUUUCCUGUACAUAUGGUGUUAGCAUGAUCAAACAGUGUUUGGUUGUAAAAGUGGUUUUCCUACUCCCAUAACUGCUGUGGUAUGGAAUUCAUUAACAAUGCCAAACAUUAAAGACAAUCUUUUAUCAGCUC